UAAUAUUUUGAUUCUGAAUUUAAAAAAAUUUUCCAUACAAAACAUUAGAAAAUAUUUAUAUUAUAAUGAAGAAUUUGUGUAUUAAAUAUGGGUUCAAUGGAUAUUAGAUUUACUGCUCCGCGUUUUUCUCUGCCUCUUUUUAUUGCGACAAGAAACCGAAUAAAAUACACAAAAUUUAAUGAAUUGUGGAAGUAUUUAAAGAAAAAUGUUCAUAUAUAUGCCAAGCACAUAGACAAAGAAUUUGAAAGAACUACGAUACAACAUUUCCAACAUGUUGUGGGCAUCAACAAAUCUUUGCCUUCAUUGACAAGCCAUCAAAAUGGAAAAGUCCCUGAAAACUACAGUAUGAAAAAUUUAAGAAAAUCAUGGCAUUUACCACCGAAUCGUUAUGAUAUAAAUAAAAAACCCUACAGCAGCAAGAGGGGUAUUGGUGGAGCAUACUGGCCAAAAAUACACGUGCAUCAAGCAAAACCUCUAUCAAACAUCCGAGAACCACAUGUUCGUUUUUAUAACUUGCCUUCCAUAACUGAAAAACUAUUUGCACCCUGCCUUAGGACAAAAGGAGUGUUUCUAUCAAACGCCCGAGAGCGACGUGCUACAGACCGAUGUAUGGUUAGCAAUAUAGGGACAUGUUACAAAAAUCCUUCUGAACCAGGACCAACGACAUACAAUCCAUAUUUUACUAAAUUCAAAACUACAAGUUUAAAAACAAAUUUAGAAAAAGCGAAUCCACAUUUGUUUUAUCGUUUAUCCAUAGUACCUGUGAAAAAGAAUAACAUUCAUAUUCCACAUAUUAGUUUUACUGGUGCACCCGGUCGUUAUGAGAUACGUUACCCGAACAUAUGUCCUUGCUCUUCAAAACUUGUCUACCAACCUCAAAUCGAUCUUAUAAUUGAGAAAGAGAAGCGCAAUAAAUUUCGUCGCUUAUCGUAUGAAACAAUUAAGGCAAGACAUUACACUUCACCAGAUUGGAGACACGUGAAAGGUCGAGGAUUUCGACGUCUCUUUACAGGGGUUAAGCCAUUUAAACAUAUUGCACUAUCUGUUCAAGAAGGUAAAAAACCCAAAAACAUUCAACUUUACCCAGAUUCAAAAUAUAUUGGAAUGAUCAACCAUCCAUCGCGCACACCAUUAUCAUUAAGACCAAAAAACAUAUCGAGUGCAGCGCCACCCAUUAAAUUUAAUUGCAUUGCCAAAAAGGUUACACGCAAACAACUGAGGAAUAAUAAAAAGAUUGCAUUCAACAGUAGUCAAGAGCGUUUUCGUGAUGGUUAUCGUUUGCCCGUCCUAACUCAGAUGCAACAGGAACAACUCAAGCUGACUCUACCACUCGAACGUCAAUUUCGAGAUAAUCCCAUUAUCAAUAAACGGCCUUCUGAAAUAAAAUCAAAACUUUAUCAAACUCCAAAGCACAUGCUACCAAAUUAUGAGCCCAAACUGAGAAAAAAAAUAUUCAAAUUUCAGCCAUUGCCUCAAGCCAAAGUACUGGUAACAGAGAGUGACACAAACUCAAAUGAAACCAGUAAAGAAGGCUUCUACUUGAAAAUGUUGGAGGCUAAGAAUUUUUUCAAAGACAAUGUGGAAUUAUAAAAUAUAAAUACAAAACAAAAACAAAAACGUUCAUAGUGGAUUUAUUUUUGUUAAAUUUGCUAAACUAUUAUCUCAGUAAAAUGGAAUUUAGUAUAAAUACGUUAUUAAAUGCAUAUAAGAGCGACAAACUUGUUUUAAUAACAGCUAAACAGAAAAUCUUAAACCAUAAAUUUGGUAAGGAAAUAUUUUAUAAUAUUAAAAUUUAUUAUCAUCUCGACUUCUGAUAUCAAAAACGUGGCUCCAUUGCCUUUUGAGAGCAACUUUAGUGACAAUAGAGAGUUGAAACGAUAGAAAUAAGGAAUCAAUGUUAUUAGAAUAUGUUCUAAGUUCACUAAAAAUAACAAAAUAAGCAAUGGAAAAUGUGACAUGUCCCAAAAAAGGAUCAACAUGUUGCAAACGCACUUUGUGAAUUAAAAAUCAAAACAUCUAGAAAUAGCCAAAUUCCGGUUCUGAACAGCUCUGUUGUAUAAUUUUAACAUUAACUUUUUAUUUUUAAAAGUGGCUAAAACAAUCACUGGAACUGUUGUAAUAAUGAAAAAGUAUGGCGUUGCU